UAAGUCUGUGUUUCCAGCUGACUGCUCGCUCUCUCUUAGUGUGUGUGUGCCUGUGUGUGUAUGUGUGUUGUCAUUAUUAUUAUCCAGUCUGCUCCCAGCUCAGAAUGGCCAGAUUCACUCAGACUGAGACAAGAAGGGAGCAGCACCCACAGCCGCCCCAUCCCGCUUACUCCAGCCUGCUUUUCACUGGACCCGGGGCAGCACCGACCCAACAUCCACUCCUCCUAAUCCCGCACCAGCACCAGUACGCUCAGAUCCCAUUCCCUAAUCCCAUGAACGGGUCAGAAUCCAUCUCCAUUCAUCAGGAGAACGGCACCAUGAAAGACCAAGAUGCCAUAAAACUCUUUAUCGGGCAAAUACCGCGGAACCUUGAGGAAAAAGAUCUGAAACCAUUAUUCGAACAGUUUGGGAAAAUCCACGAAUUGACAGUAUUAAAGGACCGAUACACCGGCAUGCACAAAGGCUGCGCGUUCCUCACCUACUGCGCCCGUGAGUCGGCCAUCAAAGCCCAGAACGCUCUCCACGAACAGAAGACACUGCCGGGGAUGACUCGCCCCAUCCAGGUGAAGCCAGCUGACAGCGAGAGCCGUGGAGAAGACAGGAAGCUGUUCGUCGGGAUGCUGAACAAACAACAGACGGAGGAGGACGUGUACCGUCUUUUCGAACCCUACGGAGUCAUUGAGGAGUGCACUGUGCUAAGAGGUCCGGAUGGAAACAGCAAAGGCUGCGCCUUUGUAAAGUUCUCCACACACGCUGAAGCUCAAUCUGCAAUCAGCGCCCUGCACGGCAGUCAAACCAUGCCGACUGGCUCCGAUUCUCUCCUCCCUCAGGGCGCGUCGUCCAGCCUGGUGGUCAAGUUUGCCGACACGGACAAGGAGCGCACCAUCCGUCGCAUGCAGCAGAUGGUGGGCCAGUUUGGCAUCUUCAACCCCGCCAUCGCCCUGCCCUUCAGCACCUACAGCACCUACGCACAUGCGCUGAUGCAACAGCAGGCGGCCCUCAUGGCUGCCAGUCACGGAGGCUACCUGGCGCCCAGCGUGGCCUUUCCCACCACCCAGAUCCACCAGAUGGGGGCGCUCAAUAUCAACAGUCUGCCGCCCACUCCCAUGACCCCGGUGUCGGGUGAGUUUCAUCAGACACUGGGCCUCAGCUCACCACCUGCCAACAUCACCACAUCAGCCGUCCCCAGCAUCGUCACUCCUAUCGUCAACGGCUUCACCAGCAUCCCUCACCAGCCCAAUGGACACCCAGCGGUCGAGGCCAUGUACACCAACGGACUGCCCUCUUACUCCACCCAAAGCCCCACAGCUGCGGACACCCUACAGCAGGCCUUCACCGGGGUGCAGCAAUAUACAGCCAUCUACCCAGCGACCACACUGACCCCUAUUGGCCAAAGCUUGCCACAGCCACAAGUCAUUCAACAGCAGCAGCAGAGAGAAGGUGAGGAAAGGCGUUUCGUCGGCUGGACAAUCGGACCAGAGGGCUGCAACCUCUUCAUCUACCAUCUACCGCAGGAAUUUGGUGACAACGAGCUCAUGCAGAUGUUCCUUCCGUUCGGUACAGUCAUCUCCUCCAAGGUCUUCAUGGAUAGAGCCACCAACCAGAGCAAAUGUUUUGGCUUCGUGAGCUUCGACAACCCAGCAAGUGCACAGGCUGCUAUCCAGGCCAUGAACGGCUUUCAGAUCGGCAUGAAGAGGUUGAAAGUGCAGUUAAAACGGCCGAAGGAUGCGAGCCGCCCGUACUGACAGGGCCCGUCCCACACAGGGCUCUCAGCAACAGCACAGGAUUUGAAGAGUGAAAUCUCAAAAGGAGUUUAACUUUUUCUUUCAAAACAAACAAGAACAACAUGAAUGGAUUUUUUUGAAGACAUCAGCAUUUAUUUUACGAAGAUGUUCGGUACAGAGGAGGAUUGCGGGUGAACCGGCACCAGUGGACAGACCACACUCGGCACAGCGCACGAAAGACAAGAGGAAGAUCUCUCUAAAGACAGAGAACUCAACAUGUCCUGUCUCUCGCUGAGCUUCGAACCGUCAGUCAAGCAACAAACAAAAAGAAAAAAAGCGAGAACAACUUCGAUUUCUAUAUACAUAUUAUACACACAUAUGCUAUUUAAAGGAAGAGGCGCUUAUUACACUGGACAAAUGAGGGUUAAACUUGAAGACCAAGGAAAAAUGCAGUGGAAAAAAAAGAAGUUCUUCUUGUCCCGCUAGUGGACUUUCUUUCUCUUUCCCUCUUUCCUUUUCUCCUGUCACCGUCUUUCAGCAAACGCAGGACAUUCUGUGGUCACCGAGGUUUCAUGCCCUCAGUGAAACUGAUCAAUCUUUCACCCCAAAGGGACCAAAGGACCAAACAUUUUUAUUCCUCAACAGAAAUAUAUGGUAUUAAUAACAAUGCUAAUACUACAAACUACUACUAAUGACAUAAGUAAAAAAAAAAAAAAGUUAAAAAAAGCAUAAAUAUUCGCUUCAGGUCGGAAGAGGAAAGGGAUUUUGAUUUCUUUUCCUUUUACAUUUAUAGCUACUGGGUUUCAGAAUAUUUAAACAAAAUAGAAAAAAAAAUGAAGAAAAAAAAGUAUUUUAAAAGCUAUACUAUUUUAGUGGAGUAGAAUAUGUGGAUUGGAGAUUGUUAGGAGCAUGUUCAGUCAUUUUCAUUCAUGAUGAAAAAAAGAGGGAGGGAAGGGUCCAUCAUCCAUCAUCUUUUUCUUUACUCCGAUGUCAGAAAUAGGCCACAUUCCAGAGAGCAAAUGCUGAGUAUAACUAUAUAUGCAUGUGCGAAGUGUUGCUGGUUUAGCGAAACCUUGGGUAGUUAUUCAGUACACAUAAACUAACAUAUUUAUCCAAUGAAAGCUUUACUUAUCGAGCAGAAUAAGUACCUGUGGCUUCAACGCAAACUAUUCGCAAUAUAACUGCUGUACCAUUGCACAGGUAAAUAAUAACUGAAAAAUACAGUUAACGCUUGACAGUGACGGGAAAUGUUCAUUUUCGUUUUUGUGCGCCGAUUUAGUGCUUUUUCUACUAAAGGGGAUCUAGUUUGAUUUCAUCAGGUUUACGAUCGUGCUUCGUAAAGUAUCGGCCAACUUUACCAUUACGAGGGACCAGCAGAGCUUUCAUAUCGUCCAUUUUCGUGCAUCUUUCAAGAACAAACUCAUCAAAUGGUUGGUGCCAAAUGCUGAAUAUCAACUUGAUAAAGCACACUGGUAAGUGAACAAGCAGUUACAUAGAUACCAAGCCUUAAACCCUAACA